GGUUAUUAUUAUCACCUGGAUUUCUGGUUUCUUGGCUCAUAUUGUCUCCGUUAAUGCUGGUUUUUGGGUUUUCUUGGGUCUUGGUUUAUUGAAAAUGUUUGGGUACAUUCAUGCUUUUCCGUCUCAUUUUGGAGGGUUGCUGCAACUUGGAGUUUAAAAACAAAAAAAAAAAAUUCUCCUUUUUUGGGUUUUGGUUUGGACAGGGGAAUGCAGUCCAUUAGUUUGAUUUUCUUCUUGUUGUUUGAACUUGUUCUUGGGAAAUUAGACUCAGAUGCUCUUUUGGAGUUGAAGAAAGGAAUUGAGAAGGAUCCUCUGGGGCGGGUUCUUAGUUCUUGGGAUGGAAACUCUGUGGCAUCCAAUGGUUGCCCUCAAAACUGGUAUGGUAUCAGUUGUAGUGAGGGUCAAGUGACAUCCAUUACACUGAAUGAUCUGGGAUUGAUCGGAAAUUUCCAGUUUUCUGCACUUAGUGGUCUCAAAAUGCUACAGAACUUGACAAUUUCGAACAACCAGUUGACUGGGAUUAUCUUGGGCAUUGGCUCAAUCGGUUCGCUGGAAAUUUUGGAUGUUUCACGCAAUUCAUUUCAUGGUUCUGUUCCAUCGGACUUGAAGAAUUUGAAGAAUUUAGUUCUUCUUAAUCUCUCCUCCAACAAUUUAGUUGGCACAAUUCCACCUAGUUUUGGAGAGCUGGAGCAGUUGAAGGAUCUAGAUUUGCAUUCUAAUAGCUUUACUGGCGAUAUCAGUGAUCUUAUCAUGCAGCUGCAGAUUGUGGUGUUUGUUGAUCUCAGUGGCAAUAAGUUCUCUGGAUCUCUUAAUUUCGAUCUCGGGAACUCCACAUUUGUUUCCACAGUUCAGUAUUUAAACCUUAGUCACAAUGCCUUGGUUGGGGAGCUCUUUGCUCGUGAUGGGAUGCCUUAUUUUGACCAAUUGGAGGUGUUUGAUGCUAGUUGUAAUCAGCUUAGUGGUCAGAUCCCUUCCUUCAAUUUUGUAGUUUCUCUUCGGAUUCUGCAGCUUCGUAGCAACCAGUUCUCUGGGUCUCUGCCAGAAGCUUUACUGCAGGAAAGCUCAAUGCUCCUGACUGAGCUUGAUCUCAGCCUUAACCAGCUCAAAGGUCCACUAGGAAGUAUCACCUCUGUAACUCUGAAGAAUCUCAACCUCUCCUCAAAUAAACUAUCUGGCUCCUUGCCGGUAAACGUAGGGCACUGUGCCAUUGUAGAUUUGAGCAAUAAUAUGUUUUCGGGGAACUUGUCCAGAAUUCAGACUUGGGGGAAUUAUGUGGAAGUUAUUCAUCUAAGUUCGAACGCGUUGACAGGAACCCUUCCAAACAGAACUUCUCAGUUCUUGAGGCUGAACACUUUCAAGGUAUCCAACAACUCAUUAGAGGGGUCUCUUCCACCUGUAUUGGGGACAUACCCAGAACUAAAUGUGAUUGACCUUAGUCUCAACCAGCUUAAUGGGUUUCUUCUACCAGGUUUGUUCAAAUUGACUGAUUUAAAUCUUUCGGGGAACAGCUUCACAGGUCCCAUCCCACUUCAAGAUAUUGCUUCCAUAUAUCCCACCCAAAAUUUGAGUCUGGUGUCCCUUGAUCUGUCAGCUAACUCAUUAAGUGGCAUUUUGCCAGCAAAAAUCAGUAGACUCCGUAGUUUGCUGUAUCUUGAUUUAUCUCGGAACAACUUUGAGGGAAGUAUCCCUGUUGAUCUGCCGGAUGUGCUUAAAGGAUUCAAUGUUUCUUACAACAAUCUAUCUGGUAUUGUACCUGACAACUUGAUGAGGUUCCCUGAUUCUUCAUUCCAUCCGGGAAAUUUCUUACUUUUAUUUCCAAACUCAUCUUCCUCACCAACGAAUGUUCCUGAGAUUCCUUUACAGGGGAAGCGUGCUUCCCAUAUGAGACCUGCUAUCAAAGAUGUUCUAAUCGUAUGUUUGGUUAGUGGGGCUGCGGUGAUAGCUCUCUUGGCCUUCAUAAUUUACUAUAGGUUCUGUACACAAGAAUGUGGAGGGAGGAGGCGGAGCAGUCCUAAUAAAAAUUUUGGAAGAAAAGAUGUUCGAGAGGGGGGAUCUCCUGUUCAUAUCCAUGGGCUUCAUGAUAAUGUAGAUCCAGCUCCAGCUUUAAAAUUUCCUCCAGAUCAUUUACUUUCUUCACAAAAGGGUUCUAUGCACGAGCAUGGGAGCACAUCAAUUGUAGGAGCAUCAGGUCUAGGUGCUACUGAGGCAGUAAUGAAAGAGCAAGCGGUAUCUUCUCCUAUAUCUCUCUUCUCAUCUCCAUCCCCUUCUAAGGAUCCGCAUCUGUCUGAGAAUCCCACUGUGUUCAAGGUUUGUAAUCCAGAUAGAUUGGCUGGAGAUCUACAUCUUUUCGACAGCUCACUUUUGUUCAGCGCAGAAGAGCUUUCGCGUGCACCAGCAGAAAUUAUUGGUAGAAGUUGCCAUGGCACGUCCUACAAAGCUACACUUGACAGUGGUCAUGUAUUGGUUGUGAAGUGGCUUAGGGAAGGUAUAGCAAAAGGCAAAAAAGAAUUUGCAAGGGAAGCAAAGAAGCUGGGGUGUAUAAGACAUCCAAAUAUAGUUUCUUUGCGGGGUUACUACUGGGGCACGAAGGACCAUGAGAAGCUGAUUAUAUCAAAUUAUGUCUGUGCAUCGUGUUUGGACAUCUAUCUAUAUGAUAAUGAGCCAAGAAAAUUCCUACCCCUGUGCCUUGACCAACGUCUCAAGAUUGCUACAGAUGUGGCCCGCUGCCUCAACUAUCUCCAUAGCGAGAGAGCCAUUCCUCAUGGCAACCUAAAAUCAGCCAACAUUUUAUUGGAACCUCCUAGCCUGAACAUACUCCUUACUGAUUAUAGUCUCCACCGCAUAAUGACUCCGGCUGGCACAGCUGAGCAGGUUCUAAAUUCAGGUGCUCUUGGAUACCGGCCACCUGAAUUUGCUAGCUCAAGUAAGCCCUGCCCAUCAUUGAAGAGUGAUGUCUAUGCUUUUGGGGUAAUUUUGUUGGAGCUCCUGACCGGAAAAAGCGCUGGAGAGAUAAUAUCAGGGCAUCAAGGGGUGGUUGAUCUGACAGACUGGGUGAGAUUAUUGGCAGCUGAAAACCGCUCAGCUGAGUGUUUUGACAAGCUGAUUGCUAGCACCAGUAGUGUCCAUGGCCUGGCAAGAGGUUUGGAUCACAUGCUACAGGUGGCUCUAAGGUGUAUUCUUUCAGCCUCUGAAAGACCCGAUAUGAAAACAGUAUUAGAAGAACUCUCCUCUAUAGUGUUAUAGAAGGUCCCAGUUGCAAGCCUCUUGGGAAUCUGCAUGCAGCAAUCACUGAACAUAAGUCCUAGUGGUAGUUCUUGAUACUAACACCAUUGAUUAGUUCCUUUUUUUAGGGUCUGCAUCUUUCCCCCUUUGAUUGAGUUGGUCUAACCUUCCUUAUUAAUUGAUCUUGAGAAUAAUGUCUUAGGAUUUGUUUUUUGUAAUACCCAUGGGAAGGAAAUUGAGGUUCUCAGAUGGGUUUUAUGUGGUCUUCAGUCUUGAGUGGGUGUUGAAUGACUUGUGGGGAGAAUUAGUGGGAUAAUAUUGUAUUC